GACAAAAGUAUUGCAAAAUAGUUGUCUUGAAUCAUCGAUUUCGACGAAAUUAUAAAUCUACAUAUUUAUACAGUAACGCUUAAUAUAUAUCCGCCUUAACUCAUUCUGGUUCAUGAAAUUAUGACUGAAUCAUUGAACUGCACUGAACUAAAAUGUAUACUGUAAAUUGGCGAAGAGGGAAGAUUAAAGAAUGCCGAAGAAAGUUAUCUUACAAUCUCGAUAUGCGUGAGCGCGCUGAAUCAUUUUUGGAUAUCAAGAAUUUAUAAAUAGCAAUUAUGCGCGCUAUCAGAGGCCUCUGUGAUUGUUAGAUAAAGAAGAUACGUGCGAGUGUAUUGGUAUCCGACUAUAAUAAUGAUAGGUCAAAAUUUAUCAGUGCUCCUUCCGUGGAAGAAGCCCACCUUGCAUCGCUCGAUUAAGAAUCUGCAUUCCUCCUGUCGCCAAUGUUUGCGCAGCAAUCUGUUAUUAACCGUGCCAGUAAAACUCGCUUACACUUCGUACGAGUCGGUGAAGGAACAUGAACCAGAUACGAAAGAACCUAUUAUUAUAAUGCACGGUCUCUUUGGCUCAAAAAACAAUUGGAACUCACUGUCGAAGGCGAUCCAUCAAAAGACUAAACGCAAGGUCAUUGCGGUGGAUGCCAGAAAUCAUGGUGAUUCUCCACAUUCAUCGAACAUGUCGUACAAGGAUAUGGCAGGGGAUAUGAUUCAACUUUUAAACGACCUAGGUUUUGAGAGAGCUGUCUUAGUUGGCCAUAGUAUGGGUGGUUCGGCCGUUAUGUAUACCGCAUUAAAUUUUCCACAAUAUGUUGAGAAAUUGGUGGUUGUUGAUAUGUCUCCUGUAAGAGCUAGUCCUAAUCUUAUGCAGAUGGAAAGGAUCUUCGAAGCCAUGCGUUUGGUGAUGGUGGAUGGAAGUCUCACUCUGUCAAAGGCACGCAAAACAGUGGAUCAACAACUGUCCAAGUCUAUUAAAUCUGACUCGAUGCGUCAGUUCAUACUGACGAAUUUGGUGGAAGCAGAUGCAGGAAAAUACAAAUGGCGAGUUAAUUUGCCAGUACUGGAGCAGGCAUUCUCGACUCAAAUAGCUGUAUUUCCUAAUAUAAACUCGAAGAUCUAUGGUGGCCCUACAUUAUUCAUAGGCGGUGCUAAUAGUGAUUAUAUUCAGAUGAAAGAUCAUAACGCAAUCAAGAAGCUGUUUACCAUGGCAGAAUUUCAUUAUAUUGAUGGAGCGAGUCACUGGGUCCAUGCAGAUAAGCCUAGCGAAUUCGUCGAUCUUUUAACAACUUUUAUAAAUUACUCAAUCUUAUGAUACUUGU